AUGAAGCUGUUUCUGCUUCUCAUUAUCCUGCUGUUUGAGAUACACACAGAUGGGAAGAGACCCAAGAAAUGCUUUGAUAAUCUAGAGGGCUACUGCAGAAAGAAAUGCAAAAUAGGAGAAAUAUAUGAGAUAUCAUGUCCAAGCGGGAAAUUAUGUUGUGUUGACGAAGACAGAGCCAAACUCCAUCGUGACAGCCAGAAGCAACCAAAACGAGAAGUGCCAGCCAAUGCGAGUGAGGACUAUAUUCUUUUACCCACCGUCACAAUUGUCACGAUACAAAUAUAA